AUGGGCAUGCGACUGAGGACCAUUGCCACGCCACUGCGAGGAUGGACGGGAAGAUGGGCUGAUGAAGUAACGUUCGGGGGCAUAAAGCAACCACUAGCCAAGCUGGGUGAGGAAGUGGAGCAGCAGGUAUGGUUCAUGGGUGAUGGGCAUGGGGAAAAGACGUCAGAGCGUUCGAAUAGAACCGGAAGGAGCAGGGAAACCGAGGUCAGCGAGCCGGAUCAGGAGCGGGUGGCAGAGCAGUGCAUGAGAGCGUUCUGCAGGAGCGAUAUUGAGGCUGAGGACCGCGGUGGCUCACGAGAGUGGGAACGUGAUGAAGCUCGAGCGCGCACACCGGAAAGCACAGCGAGCACGGGCGGAUACCAAGGCCCAAGCGUGAUUGUCCCAAGCUAG